AUGGCAGAGAAAGACAGAGACAGCUCACUUCGCUGUCACUGGGAUGGUGAUGCUUCGACCUGGCCCGACUACGUCAGGAAGGUCAGAUUGGCCUAUGAGAAGACUCGGAGGAGGCGUCGAUCACAGUUGGGACCCGACCUUGUUUCCCAGCUCAGUGGCAAAGCAUGGGUGGUCACUCAGGAGAUUGAUCACCGACAGUUGACUUCUCCCACAGGCGCUCGCUACCUCAUCCAGUUCCUUGAAGACCGACUUGCACGUGUGCCGAUUCCUGAUGCAGGUUCACGAGCUGAAGAUCUUCUACUACGGAUGAGGCGAGCUCCCGGACAAAGUAUGGCUACCUGGUGCCACUUGGUUCGUGAGAACUAUAGGAAGUUGCAGCGGGCCCUCAAGCGAGCUCGCCUUGAUGGAAAAGGUGGUUCCAAGUCCGGCACUUCUCCGACCUCGAGCCCUAUGGCAAGACGCCAGAGUUUUGGUUCGGUGCCUGAACCAGCUGCUGAAGAUGAAGGAUCAGAGCAUGCGAGAAAAGAACCGGCUUCCGCCUCAGCUCCUGCGGAGGCCUCAGCUGCUGAAGGAGAACGGUCUCGUUCAAAAGGCCGUGAAAAGGGUUCACCUUCUCGAUCAGGUGACCGAUCAGAAUCCAGCAGCUCUGAUGAGACGAUGGAGCAACUUUGGGAUGAUCUUGAUCAAGGCCUACCAGAAGUUCUUCCGACUGAGUUGAUCGGUUGGCUCAUGCUUCGUCGAUCGUCCCUGAAUGCCGCUCAACGACUCAAUGUGUUGUCCAGCAUUGGCAACAGCCUCAAGGCCGAAGACAUCGAACGAGGCCUACGUGGUGCUGAAGAUGAACUACACCUCCUGGACCGAGAACGUGAUGGACGCCAUAAAGGUUCAGGAAAAGGCAAGAACCGAUCCAGCUUUUGGGUCGAGUGUGAUGGAGAAUGGGGCCUGUUCUUGCACGAUGACCUUGACACCGAAGACCUUCUGAAAAACAACGAGAUUCAUUGGGUGCCCUAUGAGCAGGUUGAAGAUGGCUUUUGGGCGAGUGAUCCCACUCAUCCUGGGGCCUAUGUGUGGUGGUCUUUGGAGGAUGACGGCGAGUACUACCACGCUGAUGGUGGUGGCACCUAUUGGGCCGGAAAAGGGUUUGGUUCUGGUGGCAGCAAAGUGUUCAUGGUGACUGAAGAGGAGACUGAAGAUGCCACCUACACGUGUUGGCCUAUUUCACAACCUAUUUCUUCGGCAUCCAUCAUGGCAGCUGGAGAGAUAAGUUUUCCAGAAGUGGAAGGCUUUGGAGUGAUUGACACUGGUGCGACCGAGACGGUCGCUGGACUUGGCGCUCUCGAGAACAUCAUGAAGCAGAGGCGCCUGACCCAGGAAAAUUGGAUGGAUUUUGAGGUGAUGAAUUGCCCAAACAAGACCUUCAAGUUCGGCAAUGGAAUGACACAACGUUCCGAAAGCAUGGUCUUGCUGCCGCAGCGUUUGGGACAACAUAGAUUGAGUUUGGGCAUCUUCACUUUGCAAGCUGAAGGAGUACCUGUUUUGGUAGGAAUUCGCACGCUCUCACGUUUGGGAGCUUUGAAUCAUUGCAACAAGAGUGCAGUGAUCUUUUCAGCAAUUGACCCCACGCUCCUUGUUCCGCUCAAGAAGAGCACAUCGGGUCACCUUCUCCUUGACCUCAGCCACGAUUGGUUGGCCGACGGUGCACGCAUUUUGCUAGCGGCUGAUGACAACUUGCCGUCGGAGUCAUACAAGGAGCGCAGUCGACCUGAGACUUGUUUUAUGCUGAAAGAUCAGGCAGAAGGUCAUGAUGUUUUGCACACCACACACCUGUUUUUGGAGCACUUCAUGAUCGGCAUGUUCAUGAUUUUGGAGCACGUCAUGAAGAGCAUACCCUUCCUGCUCCCGCAUCUCAUGGCUCCGAAGUCUACGGGAUCGAGCGCAGCCGAUUCGAAGAAGAAGAGCCCGGUCAAGACCAAGAUGACUUGGGAAGAGCGCUACGAUCAGACCCGGACGGUGGGAGUGGACAGCCGAGAUCCUCGAGCGACAGGACCACCAUGCUUUGGAAACCACGAACCUGCAGCUCCGUAUCGAGGAUCGGUGAGCGGGGCCAACGGACAUGCCUCAUGGACCGGAUGCGAGAAGUGCAAAUUGAGGCUGUCAUACACCCCAGCGUAUGGAGCCACUGGAACCCACCGAGCUCCUGGUCCGUUGCCCGUGGACACCAAGAAGGUGGUGGAGAAGCUUGGUCCGGCUGCGCCCUACAACAAGGAGCUCAAGGAUCCGGCGAUCGGCUUGGAGGGUGCCGAACAGAGCUUGCUGUCCCGCUUGGAGGUGAUCCAAGCUCGAAAGAAGGCAGCAGGAUACUCGACGACCUCGACGGCAACCCCUCAGGAUCAGAGCGGAAACACGACACCAUCUCCGGCCAGUCCGACAGGAGCCGAUCCAGAGCAUCUACCAGGUCACGCCAGCCGGAAGACCAGAAGAGCCGACGACAGUGCAGAGCAGCUGGAAGACCAUUGGCCUCAGAUCUCACCGGGAUCACUGGCGUCGCCGAGCUCGGAGGUGCAAGCUUUGAACGAGCUGACCGAGUCCGGCAAGAUGAAAAGCUAUGCCUAUGAAGUCUUGGUUGAUGGCUGCAUGUAUGGCUUGCAAUGCAGCGAUGGGCCAAUCAAGAAACCCUGGAGGCUAGCUCGGGCUAUGUUGCAGCCUGCCGAUUUGGUCGGAGGAGCUCUAUUUGAAGAUCCAAAGACUGAAGUUCUUGAGAGCCUCACUCCACUCGAGCUGCAACACUUGGUGGAAUCGGUGCGCAAGAUUCAUCGACUUUGCGGGCACCCAAACAACCGAGCACUAGUCAAGCUUCUUCGAGCUCGAGGUGCAAAUGAGAAAGUUUUGGCUGUGGCAUCCCAGCUGAAGUGUCCUGACUGUGUGGAGAGCCAAGUCUCCACUCCUCUUGCAAAGGUGGCGGCUGAGAAGGAAGAUGUGAUUUGGAGAACGUUGCAAAUGGACACCUUCUACAUGCGCCACCGUGGCUGGGUUCAUCACUUCUUGCUUCUCUUGGAUGAAGCUUCAAGCUUUGGAGUGGUAAAAGAGAUCAAGUACCACGAGGACGACCAGUCCGAGAAUGUCUCCACGAAUGAAGUUCUGGAAACUUUGGAAGAGAGCUGGUGUCAAUACUUCGGCUUUCCAGAACGACUCCGAUGUGAUGCAGAAGGAGCCUUCCGAGGACUGGAUCUUGCCAGAUGGUGCUCCGAUCGAGGAAUCGAUCUUCAUCACACGCUCACAAUCAUGUGGCACGAGUUGGAGGUUUUGCUCCGGCACAAUGGGCACUUGGAAGAUCAGAGGGUGCCACCAAAGAGAACCUCCCGCUUCUUUGCUCGCAAGGAACGCCUGGACAUGCAAUGGCGGAGAACUUGCGACUACGGCUUGAAGCAGAACAUCUACACGCACGACUUUCAGCAGAAGCUCAUGGAGCGAUUCCCUCGUGAUGAGGAUGAGAUGAGCGCAGAAUCUGAAGAACUCAUCCCUGAAGCGGAGGAGCGAGAUGUUCCAGAUCCUCUGCCUGGACUGCAUCCUGAUGACACUGGAGACCUGGACAUUGACAGGCUCAUGGAUGAUCCAAGCUACUACCCUCUACAUCCUCUUCCUCGAGAGCCACCUGAACUACUUGGACGAGAAGCUGACUUCAAAAGAGCAAGGCAUGCUCACGAGAUGGAGGAUCGACCUCAUCACGUGAGAUUUCCUCAAGCCUAUCCCUCCGACAACCAAGACAUGGUGACUUGGUGCGUUGAGGAGACCAACUCCUUCGUCCUCGGUGUGGAAAUCGAUGCACCAGCAAGUCCAUGUGGCAUGAAGCGGCUUCGCUGUGAACCUUGCCUGUGGGUCUGCAAAGAUGGUGAUCAGGUGGUUGGCGCCAUGGGGACCCACGUCGACGAUUUUUUGUUGAUUGGAGACGAAAGCAAUGGCAAGUGGCUGCAAACCGUACAAACUCUGUACGACUCUUUGAAAUGGAGUCCUUGGGAGCCUUCACCCUUCCAACACUGCGGCAUCAACUUGUCGCAAGAGAGUGACUUCGGCUUCCGAAUGGACCAUGCUGAGUACUGCAGCCAGAUCAAGCAGAUCACGAUCUCCAAGGAGGGCGAGAAGAUCAGUCCAGAUGAACUGAGUCAAGCUCGUGCCGUCUUGGGAGCAAUUCAAUGGAGAGUUCAACAGACUGGACCUCAGCAUGCGGCUAUAUAA